GGGACGAGCGAGAGAGCGGCGCGAUGGGGGACUCCAAAGUGAAGGUGGCGGUGCGCGUCCGCCCCAUGAACAGGCGAGAGCUCGAUCUGCAUACAAAAUGUGUGGUGGAUGUGGAUGCAAACAAGGUUAUUCUUCAUCCUGUAAACACCAACCUUUCAAAAGGAGAUGCCAGGACCCAACCAAAGGUGUUUGCAUAUGAUCACUGCUUUUGGUCUAUGGAUGAAUCUGUCAAAGAAAAAUUUGCAGGUCAAGAUGUUGUUUUCAAGUGCCUUGGAGAGAAUAUUCUUCAGAAUGCCUUUGAAGGCUAUAACGCUUGCAUCUUUGCCUAUGGGCAAACAGGAUCUGGAAAAUCUUACACAAUGAUGGGUACUGCUGACCAGCCUGGAUUAAUCCCUAGACUUUGCAGUGGACUUUUUGAAAGAGCACAGAAAGAGGAAAAUGAAGAGCAGAGUUUCAAAGUGGAAGUGUCCUACAUGGAGAUAUACAAUGAGAAAGUCAGAGAUCUUCUUGACCCAAAAGGAAGCCGUCAGUCAUUAAAAGUUAGAGAACACAGUGUUUAUGGUCCUUAUGUAGAUGGCCUAUCCAAACUAGCUGUUGCUAGCUACAAGGACAUAGAGUCCUUGAUGUCUGAGGGCAACAAAUCUCGAACAGUGGCUGCAACCAACAUGAAUGAGGAAAGCAGUCGGUCACAUGCAGUCUUCAAGAUUAUCCUCACCCACACACUUUAUGACGUACACUCAGGGACCUCAGGUGAGAAGGUGGGCAAGUUGAGUCUGGUUGACUUAGCAGGCAGUGAAAGGGCAACUAAGACUGGUGCUGCCGGAGACAGGCUGAAAGAAGGAAGUAACAUUAACAAAUCCCUUACAACUCUUGGUCUGGUUAUUUCUGCCUUGGCAGAUCAGGCUGCUGGCAAGAACAAGAACAAAUUUGUUCCUUACCGUGAUUCUGUCCUCACUUGGUUACUUAAAGAUAGCCUUGGUGGUAACAGCAAGACUGCCAUGGUAGCAACAGUAAGCCCAGCGGCAGACAACUAUGAUGAGACCCUUUCAACACUGAGGUACGCAGAUCGGGCCAAGAACAUUGUUAACCAUGCUGUGGUGAACGAAGACCCUAAUGCUCGCAUUAUUCGGGAACUCCGAGAGGAAGUGGUGAAGCUCCGAGAACAGCUCACGAAAGCAGAGGCUAUGAAAUCUCCAGAGCUAAAAGAACGUUUGGAGGAAUCGGAAAAGUUGAUUCAGGAAAUGACUGUGACCUGGGAAGAGAAAUUAAGAAAAACUGAGGAGAUAGCACAGGAGCGUCAGAAACAGCUGGAAAGCCUUGGCAUUUCCCUUCAGUCUUCUGGAAUAAAAGUUGGGGAUAAUAAGUGCUUCCUGGUUAAUUUAAAUGCAGAUCCAGCUCUCAAUGAACUUCUGGUGUACUAUUUAAAGGAGCACACAUUAAUAGGAUCAGACAACUCCCAAGAUAUCCAACUAUGUGGAAUGGGAAUUCUUCCUGAGCAUUGUAUUAUAGACAUCACUCCAGAAGGACAGGUGAUGUUAACACCUCAGAAAAAUACUAGGACAUUUGUAAAUGGUUCUGCUGUUAUGGGUCCUGUCCAGCUACAUCAUGGAGACAGAAUACUAUGGGGAAACAACCACUUCUUCAGGCUGAACUUGCCAAAGAAGAAAAAGAAGGCAGAACAUGAAGAUGAAGAGAGAGAUAAUUCUAUGAAGUGCAGUAACAGUGUUGAACAGCUGGACAUAGAUGGAGACAAUUCCAGUGAAGUGUCUAGUGAAAUUAACUUCAGCUAUGAAUAUGCCCAGAUGGAGGUCACUAUGAAAGCACUUGGUAGUAAUGAUCCAAUGCAGUCUAUCUUGCAAAGCCUGGAGCAGCAACAUGAAGAGGAGAAGAGAUCUGCACUUGAACGACAGAGGCUGAUGUAUGAACAUGAACUGGAGCAACUGCGAAGACGACUGUCACCGGAGAAACAGCAUUUCCGCAGCAUGGACAGGUUCUCCUUCCAUUCUCCCAGUGCUCAGCAGCGCUUGCGCCAGUGGGCAGAAGAGAGAGAGGAAAUGUUGACCCACAGUCUGAGGAAGUUGCGAGAGCAGAUUGUUAAAGCCAAUUUGUAUGUGAGAGAAGCCAAUUUCAUUGGAGAGGAAUUAGACAAGAGGACAGAGUAUAAAGUCACACUCCAGAUCCCAGCUUCAAGCCUUAAUGCUAACAGUAAGAGAGGUGCAAUUCUCAGUGAACCUGCUAUUCAAGUGAGAAGGAAGGGGAAAGGCAAACAGAUUUGGUCACUAGAAAAACUGGAAAAUCGACUGGUAGAUAUGAGGGAUCUCUACCAAGAGUGGAAAGACUGUGAGGAAGACAACCCAGUGAUGAGAGCAUACUUCAGGCGAGCUGAUCCAUUCUACGAUGAACAGGAAAACCACAGCCUUAUCGGAGUAGCCAAUGUUUUUCUUGAGUGCCUCUUUUAUGAUGUGAAGCUACAGUAUGCUGUUCCAAUCAUCAAUCAGAAGGGAGAGGUAUCUGGUCGUCUGCAUGUUGAAGUUGUUCGAGUGAGUGGAGAGAUAGAAGACAGGCUGGUAGGAGGUGAGGAUAGUCCAGACUGUUCACAUGAAAAUGAUACUCAGGAGAGAAAACUCGUCUGCAUGAUUAAAAUACUUCAAGCCACAGGCUUACCACAGCACCUCUCCAACUUCGUGUUCUGCAAAUAUACGUUCUGGGAUCAGCUGGAGCCAGUUACUGUUGCACCUGAGGUGGAUCCAUCCUUAUCUCCUAACAGCAAGGAGCCACGGUGCAUGGUUGUCUUCGAUCACUGCAGUGAAUUUUCUGCAAAUAUUUCCGAAGACUUCAUGGAGCAUCUUUAUGAUGGCGCUUUGGCAAUUGAAGUUUAUGGGCACAAGCAGAGUGGUGAUCGCAAAAAUCCAGCCCUGUGGGAUUUGGGAAUAAUUCAAGCCAAAACACGAAGUCUUCGUGACAGGUGGAGUGAAGUAACCCGGAAAGUGGAGCUCUGGGUUCAAAUUCUAGAGCUGAAUGAGAACGGGGAAUACUGCCCAGUUGAGGUGACUCCUGCCAAGGACGUAAGCACUGGAGGCAUCUUUCAGCUCAGACAGGGGCAGUCUCGACGAGUUCAAGUUGAAGUGAGAUCUGUACAGGAGUCCGGGACCUUGCCACUAAUGGAGGAAUCCAUAUUAUCCAUUGGAAUUGGGUGUGUUCAAAUAAAGCAUGUUAAGCCACAAAAAAUACAUGAAAAUUAUCAGGAAGAAGAGGAUGACAUGGACAGUUAUCAGGACAGGGAUUUGGAGAGGCUGCGUCGGAAAUGGCUGUGCGCCUUAACAAAGCGCCAGGAAUAUCUUGAUCAGCAAUUGCAAAAACUUGUUGGGAAAUCUGAUAAAACAGAAGACGAUGCAGAUCGGGAGGCACAGCUUUUAGAGAUGAGACUAACCCUUACUGAAGAAAGAAAUGCUGUAAUGGUUCCUUCUGCUGGCAGUGGGAUCCCUGGAGCUCCAGCAGAGUGGACUCCAGUACCUGGUAUGGAAACUCACAUUCCUGUUAUUUUCCUUGACUUGAAUGCUGAUGACUUCAGUUCCCAAGAUAAUCUCGACGACCCAGAAGCAGGUGGGUGGGAUGCUACUCUUGUUGCAGAAGAGGAGGAGGAAUUCUUUGAACUGCAGAUUGUAAAGCAUCAUGAUAGUGAGGUGAAAGCAGAAGCCUCAUGGGAUUCCACAGUCCAUGACUGUAUCCAGCUCAGUAAAGGAACAGCAGCAGAUGAAAGAGUUUACCUUAUUGUGAGAACCACUGUCCAGCUCAGCCAUCCUGCAGAAAUGCAAUUAGUGUUACGCAAGCGCAUCUGUGUUAAUGUUUAUGGCAGACAGGGUUUUGCACAGAGUUUUCUCAGAAGAAUGUCUCACCGAAGUUCAAUUCCUGGCUGUGGUGUCACCUUUGAGAUAGUCUCAAAUAUUCCAGAGGAUGCACAGGGAGCUGAAGAGCGGGAAGCCCUUGCCAGAAUGGCAGCAAAUGUUGAAGAUGCAGCUUCAGCUGAUUCUGAAGCCUAUAUUGAGAAAUAUCUACGGAGCGUACUGGCUGUGGAGAACAUUCUUACCUUGGAUCGUCUGCGCCAGGAAGUUGCUGUAAAGGAGCAGCUAAUGGGAAAAGGAAAACUCUACCGGAGGAGCCUGAGCUCUCCCAAUGUGAAUCGGCUUUCUGGAAGCCGCCAAGAUUUAGCUCCCCCCUAUAACCUGAGCAGUAACCGAGGUCGAUGGGAGAGCCAGCAAGAUGUAUCCCAAGGUGCCGCAAAGUCCAGGAGGGGCAUUAGUCCAUCUCGUACCUCUCUGCCAGGCUCUGUGCAGCAGAAUCACUCUCCUGAUCCAGCAGGUCUUGGUAGCCUUGCUGCUUCCUACCUGAAUCCUGUAAAAUCCUUUGUGCCUCAGAUGCCAAAGCUGCUGAAGUCUCUCUUUCCUGUUAGAGAUGAGAAGAAAGGCAGGCAGACCUUUCCUCUUGCACAGCAGCCUGUCCCAAGAAUUAUGGUUCAGUCUGCCAGUAUUGAUGUCAGUGCUACAAAGAUAAAACAGAUUAACCAAGAGGAAGCGGGUAAGCAGCCGUUUGAAAUUGCAGUGCAGACGUCAGAGGCAGAAAAGAGUCCAGAAAAGACACCCAAAGUGCCUUUGCAGCAGUCAACAGGAGAAGUCCAGGCACAGGACUCCCAGGAGGGGCCUCCGAGUCCUCUGAGCGAAGCCUCCAGUGGUUACUUUUCUCAUAGUGUUUCAACAGCCACCCUCUCUGAAGCACUUACAGCAGGAAGUGAUGCUGCCCUUCAGCCAGGAGCUCAAAUGCUUACUGUGAGUGACCUCCCAGCUCCCACUGUGGCUCAGGUCUCUUCUGAUGUGCCUGGGCCCUCUGACAGCUCUUCAGAGAGCUGUCUCACUGCUAAGAGAGAGAGUCUACCUGCCUCCAGCCUUCAAAGUGGUCACAUAAGACGUAAAGACAACACUGAAGUGAAUGGAAAUGAUGCUUUGAAAUCAAAAUAUUUUGUUUCUCCUGUGACUCAGAGUGAACAGGUAAAUGAUGCUUCUGUGGUCACUGAUGCAAAAACCUUUCUUUCUACCUCCACUCCGAAGAAGGAGUUGCUAUCUAAGCAGUCAGUGGAGUCAGCAGGACAAGCCAGUAGGAAGACAGAAACAGCCCUAGCCUCAGAACUGGGGGUUCCCAAACCACCGCUUCAUCCUGACCAGUUGUCCCAACCCAGCGUUGCAGCCUCCCCCUUCAAAAUCCAGAAAGUCAAGACAUCUGAGCUCAAGUCCUUUACAAGCAUGCUGGGGACAGAUCUUGCAUAUCCGCUAAGCACAGAAGAGCUGCAAGAAGGAGAAAAGAACGCACCGUCUGCGCGAGGUCUGAGCCAUAACGGAGCAGGGAUGGCAGACGAAAAACUGGAAGUGACUUCUGACUCUGAAGAUGCCAAUGAAAUUCCUGAGUGGCUGAAAGAGGGAGAAUAUGUCACAGUUGGCGCAAAUAAGACAGGCACCGUUAGAUAUAUUGGUCCCACAGACUUUCAAGAGGGAACAUGGGUCGGUGUCGAACUGGAUUUACCUUCAGGUAAGAACGAUGGCUCCAUUGGAGGGAAGCAGUAUUUCAGAUGCAACCCAGGCUACGGGCUGCUCGUGAAACCAGGCAGAGUUAAAAAAGCCACGGGAGCGGCGAGGCGGCGGAGCGCUGGGUUGAGGUUGCAAGGGGGAGCCGCCUCCGAGAACAGGAGGAGCGGCAACUUCUCCGGUUCGGCCUCCAACCUGGCUUCGCUGACAGCCCUGGCCAAGUCGGAAGGAGGAGCCGCGCUCCGGCUGGAGAAGGGCCAGAAGAACGCGGAGAACCGGAAAUCCUGGGCGAACUGAACGGAGACGGGCUGCCGCGGCCGGGUGGGCACUACUAUGCAACGCAGCCGGGAGAACCGAGUCUUUAGCUUUGCGAAGCGAAACCAACUGUGUAAACUUCUAGUUUGUGGCAAACACUAAUGAAGGGGUCUUGUUUUGUUUUUUGUUUUCCUACGCUUUGGGUGAUUGACGUGUUAAUUCUUUGCCUUGUCAUGGUGCUGGACCUACACCUUCAGUUUCCUGUUACAAACCGUGAUACUUCAGUGUAUGACUGACGUCGAACAACGUAAGCUCGUGGCGGCGGGCGGGUGUAAGCUGUGGCGUCCUCCGCUCUUCGGAGGCGGAAGAGGCGCGCCGGUAGUUGAGAUUCCUGCACGGCUUCGCUGUGGCGACUCGAUCCUGCCCGCGCACCACCGCUUCCCUCGGCGCGACGGGCAAGAGAGCCCCCGAAGCUACGGUUCUUCUCUGGUUUAGCAAGGGCUGCUCGUGCCCCUGGUGAGUAACACCCGGGGAAAGGGCGACGUGAUGGUUCCAGUUAGGUAGAGAGGGGAACAGAAAACUGUUAUUUUGUGUCCCCCCCCCCCCCCCCCCCCCCAAAAAAAAAAGACAAAAAAACUCCAAACCCCUUUAUUUUCAAAAGGAAUAACUUUUAUUGUGUGUCCUGGGACCAGUCCCUAGUUUGGUCGUUACUCCGUCAUCCCUCCCUCCCUCCCGCUGCGGAUCUGUUACGGAUGAGAGCAGGCGGCCCGCGAGCCGGGCUCCGGGGGGGAGGCGGGAGCCGCUCCGCAGCGCGUGAGCUCUUCGGCCUGCGCUCUCGCCCUUUUACCGCCCCAACCACGCGCUGUUUCGCGCCCCGAAGCGCUGCGGAAGCGGGUGCUCCGGUGGCUGGCGGCUCCGGGCGCGGGGCCCGUCGGUGCGGGGCCGGCGGACGCGGGGGCCGGCAGGGCGGCUCUCGCCACGGCGUUCGCCCUGCCUAUUUAUUCGUAAUUAUUUAUUGCUUUUCAACCCGAAACCUUUGCGCUUUACAAUCGCCCGCCGCCGGCCCGCUGCGCCCCGCAGGCCUCCCCGGAGCCGUUCUCUCGCCUGAAAGCGGCAGGUUUGGGCUGGCUUUUAUAAAACUUGAUCUUAUUUUUGGUAGCCCUGGCUAGUUUUUAAACUUCCUGUGGCACAAAUUAUAUAUAAACUCUGUGUGUGAAUAUACACAUGUGCACACGCAUAUAUAUAUAAAAAAUAUUUUUUUUUUUCUAACAAAUCAAGGCCACACUUUUAUAUUCUAAGCUGUUUAUAUCUUGUUUAGUAACCGCAGGGGGAUUGGACAGCUUGAGCAAUGGGUAUUUUAUCUACACAGGGACUAUUUAGGAUGCUAAAUUAAUGAUUAAACUUUAAUGUGCAUCUCGGCUCAGGCCGUGCUGCACGCGGGUAUUUAAGUGCCUUAGCCGCCCGGCUCGGAGGUCCUGGGCAGAGCGACGCUGUCAUCAGCGGAGACAGGGAUGCUUAGCGGAGGAGGUAAUUAUGCUGAUUUACCGUAAUUAAUACCAUUUAUGCAGGAGGAAUAAAAUUAAAAUAGAAACUAAUCUGUAGCUGAAAUAAGGGGACUGGGUUUCAGAGCAGCACGCGCGGCUGUGCGGCCCUCUCGGCCUCGCCUAACUAGUUUGUGCUUCCAAAAUGUUCUUAACGUAAAACAUACAGAUCGGCUUUGAAACACUUUUUAAUGUACAGGUGUGUGUCCUCUCCCAUCCCACAGCAAUCCCGCCCUUUCAGAGCGGGCUGGGAGAAACGCAGUAGCGAUCCCGAAGCUGAAAUCCCGGAGGGUUUAAGGGCGAGAAGCAGGUUUCGUAGGGGCGCCGCGUGCAGCAGGGCGCCGCCGCGUAGCCGGGUGCCGCCGCCGCUGCGGUGGGGCCGCCCCGUCAUGUCACCGUGGUGCCUCCUCUACUGCCUUGCUUCCUGCAAUUAUUUUUUAAUACUUUUUUUUUUUUUUAAUUGCACUUUGUUCCGAUGUGCUACAAAGCGUUAGCUGACGUGAAACAUCCUCCCAACCCUUUUUUUUCCCCCCUUAAGUCUCAGCAUUUCAUUUAUUGGUUUUAGGGGUGUCUUUAAAACGGCUAGGGGGUUGCGCGAGGCCCCUUUCCGGCAGCGCGGGGAGCAGACAGGCGCCAAGUCCUUUCGAAUCCUCCGCUUUGAAAGAACCCCGAGCGAGCGCAGCGGCGUGCCGGCGUGGGCGCUCCCCUGCCCGCGGCCGCCGCCGCCGCGCUCGGGCCGCCGCGGCUUUUCCAGGCCUUCGAUGCACUUUAUGCCGGGAAGGAGGGCGCCCGUUAGCGCGCGAGGCAGCAGGCGGCCGCCGCGGUGCCUUGGGCUGCGCUUGGCCGCGGGGGCGGCGAGGGGCUGAGCUUUUCUGGGGGCCUCGAGCCCGCAGAGCCGGGGCGGAGGCGAGGGGCAGGGGCAGGCUCGGCCCCGCUGCCCGGCCGGGAGCCGCACGGGCGGCUCGGCCCCCAUCGCCGCCGCGAGCCCUUUCCAGCAGCGCUGCCGGCCGCGGCGCCUCGGGGGCCUCGUCGGACACGUCUUUCCGUUUCUUUUUUUUUUUUUUUGUAAAUGUAGUGGGUCUGUAUAUAGAGGGGGCGAUUCACACUGUGGUUUUAAGCAUGUACUUUAAAAGAGCUAAAAAUCCAAAGAUACUUUGUAAUGAGCUGUAAAGUUUUUAAUUAUUUCUGUACAAUACUAAAUUACCGUACUAUUGUAUGAUACCUGCAGUACCUAAAUAAACAUCUUCUUUAGAGGCGGGCG